CCGCGAAAGUAGGUGACCCCUGGCAGAAAUUGGAAAAUCAAUAGAGUGGCGGCGAGCCGAGCCGAAUCGAAUCGAAUCGGGGAGGCCGCGCGGCACGCGCUCGGCGGCCCCGCGGAGGUUAUGUCGCGCGUCGUAUCGCGGGAGCCGCGUCGCACGCAGGCCGCCCGUACGUGCUAUUUUCGUUGCGGCGAGGGCCGUCCGUUCCGGCUGGACGUCGUGGGCGCCGCGCGUUACGCACUAUAAUGCGUCCGAGCGCGAAGGGGAGCCACGUGAGCGCCGCGAGGUAGUAGACAAAAAUGGGCAGGAGGAAGGCUCACGCGUCGUCCAAGGGUAAACAACCGGGCCCGUCCACGCAGCAGAGGCACGUAUCCGCGGCGAGGAGGCACGAGCUCAAUGUCCUGUGCGAGAAGCUCUUUCAUCUGAGCAGCAAUCCGGCGUACGUGACGCAGUCAUGGAGCAACUACUUGGAUAUAUCGGAGGUUCUGCUGAAGGUUAAACGCCUGGAGGAGAUGAAGACGGAGUCGUCGCAGCGAUCCCAGGGGGUUGGACAGUUCGUGGAUUGGCUGACGGAGAACGGGGCGCGGGUGGACGGCCUGUGCGUCGCCGAGUUUCCGGGCUACGAUCUGGGGCUGAGGGCGGAGGCCGACUUCGCCGAGAACCAGUUGAUCCUGGAGAUACCCAGGGCGCUCAUCUUCAGCACGUAUACCGCGGCGACGGAGCUGGCCGUUCUGCAAAACGAUCCGCUGGUGCAGCACAUGCCGCAGGUGGCGUUGGCCAUAGCGCUACUCGUAGAGAGGCACAAGGAGAACUCCAAGUGGAAGCCUUAUCUCGAUAUGCUUCCGAGCAGUUACAAUACAGUUUUAUACAUGAAGACCAACGAUAUGAUCGAGCUGAAAGGCAGCCCCACGUUAGAGGCCGCGUUGAAGCAGUGUCGGAACAUCGCGAGGCAGUAUUCCUACUUUAACAAGGUGUUUCAAAACACCAACAACGCCGUCUCAGCGAUACUUAAGGAUGUUUUCACUUACGAGAGAUAUUGCUGGGCAGUUUCCACGGUGAUGACGAGGCAGAAUCUGAUCCCGAGUCCGGAUGGUUCGCGCAUGAUACACGCUUUAAUCCCGAUGUGGGACAUGUGCAAUCACGAGAACGGAAGGAUGACGACGGACUUCAACGUGACCUCGGAUCGCUGCGAGUGCUACGCGUUGCGGGACUUCAAGAAAGGCGAGCAGGUAUUCAUAAGUUACGGCCCGAGGACCAACUCCGAUUUCUUCGUACACUCGGGUUUCGUUUGCAUGGAUAACGAGCAGGAUGGCUUCAGGCUUCGUCUCGGUAUUAGCAAAGCGGAUUCCCUUCAGAAGGAGCGGAUCGAACUGCUGAGCAAACUGGAUUUGCCGUCAGUUGGAGAAUUUUUACUAAAGCCGGGUACGGAGCCCAUCUCCGAUACUCUAUUAGCCUUCUUGCGUGUGUUCAGUAUGCGAAAAGCCGAGCUCGCGCAUUGGUUACGCUCGGACAAGGUCUUCGACCUGAAGCACGUGGACUGUGCGUUGGAGACGGUCGUCGAGGAGAAUGUCAGAAAAUUUUUGCUGACCAGGCUGCAGCUUUUAAUCGCUAAUUAUCCGACAACACUGAAGGAAGAUCUAGAGUUACUGGAGACCACGUUGCCGCAAAUGAAAAAGAUGACGGUACAACUGAGGGUCACGGAA